AUGUCUACCCAGCAACGGGCUGAGUUCCGGUCACCUGACGAUUCCGAUUCGGCUUCAGAACCAAGAAAGUCGGCCCAGGAAAGCGUCGACGGUAAAAAUGUUGACGGUUCCGUCCCUCCUCUUGCGCCGGCUCUGGCGGCUGAAGGCACUGCGAGGGCGGAAUCAGCACUGGGCGACUAUCUAUUGCGCCUGUUAAGAAUUCGAAAGGGACGAAAAAAUGAUGGUAUGGAUCUCGACUCAAUUGCAACGCAACGCAGCAUAUGGGAUUCCGAGAACUUGGAAGACUACAAAGCUCUGUACAUACAUCCCCAAUGGGAGAAUCUAUCCGCUUUCGACCCUUUAUUCCGUUGGACGCACAGAGAGGAGAACGCAGUACGGCACAAGGUUGACUUGAAAGUCAUGGUCUGGGUCUGUAUAAUGUUUGCCGCUCUGAACAUCGAUAGAAACAAUAUUACCAACGCGGUUUCGGACAAUAUGCUCGAUGACCUGGGAAUCACUACCGGCGAUUAUAACAUCGGCCAAACGCUUGCCAAAAUUGGCUUUUUAGUGGCCGAGCUCCCGUCACAACUGAUCUCGAAACGUAUCGGCCCAGAUUUAUGGAUCCCGAUCCAGAUUUGCAUAUUUAGCUUCAUAUCAGCAGCCCAGUUCUUCCUUUCAGGCCGAGCUUCGUUCUUCGCCACUAGGUUUCUAGUUGCGGUAUUCCAAGGCGGAUUUAUCCCCGACAUGAUUCUAUACCUCAGCUACUGGUACACUGGGAAAAGGCUUCCCAUUAGGCUGGCUUGGUUUUGGACAGCUUCUCAAAUAGUCGAUAUUGGAGUCGGCUUCGCUGCUGUCGGUCUCCUAUCAUUACGUGGUGUUCUAGGGUAUGCAGGCUGGCGAUGGUUGUUCCUUGUCGAGGGUCUUUUCACCUUCUUGAUUGGGAUUGCUUCUUUUUUCCUCAUGCCAACAUCUCCAGCUAAAACAAAGAGCUGGUGGAACCCCAAAGGCUACUUUACCGAGAAGGAAGAGAAGAUUAUCGUCAACUCCGUUAUACGUGAUGACCCAGGAAAAGCGGGAAUGCACAACAGACAAGGUCUUACCGUUGGGCAAAUAUGGAAGUGCGCAAAAGACUACGAUAUGUGGCCCCUAUAUGCUUUAGGGUUACUGUUCGGCAUUCCGAAGUAUCCGGUCUCUAAUUACCUGUCACUGUCGUUCCGUGGCCUCGGGUUCGACGUGAUUGAGACUAACUUGCUUUCAAUUCCAUAUAUUGUUGCUUCCUCCAUCACUAUGUUGCUCAUCACUGCUGUGAGCGAAUUGGUUUCGAAUAGGAGUCUAGUGGCGAUGGCAGAAGAUCUUUGGCUCCUCCCCAACUUCGCGGCUUUGAUCGCCCUGCCUGAUCCCAUAUCUCCCUGGUCGUAUUUUGCUAUUGCGACUGUCCUGCUGUCGUUUCCAUAUACUCACCCAAUACAAGUUGCUUGGACAAGUCGAAACGCGGGCUCAGUGCAAAACAGAACGGUUUCUGCCGCAAUCUAUAAUAUCUGGGUUCAAGUCAGUGCAAUCAUUGGCGCAAAUGUCUACCAACCUGGAGAUGCACCGCGAUACUUUAAAGCAAACACUGGGUUAUUAGUCAUCUGCAUUUGGAUGGUGGUAGUGCAGUACCCAGGUACCUUCCUUUAUUACCGCUGGCGAAAUCAGCAGAAGGCAAAGAAAUGGGACGCCAUGACUCCCGAGGAGCAACACGAAUAUAGGAAGACGACGGUUGACGUCGGUAAUAAGCGUCUCGACUUCCGUUUCGCGACGUAA